AAAGAUUCGGCUAGGAUUUCAAAUUGUCUUUAUAUUUACUUGGUAAAAGGUGUCUGUGACUUCCCUUUCAGAGAAAGAAGAAAAGCAGAGGAGAGAAUCUACGUCUACCAGAGGCUAAAGGACAGAGUACUGAAAUGGCCUGGAAAGUGUUCAGAAUUAACACCAGCAAGUCACCAAGUCCAAGGUGUGGGGUGCAACUGGGAAGAAACAAAAGAAAAAUCAAUGUGCAGUCAAAGAGCUGCUUUAUUUUUCUAGAAAGUGACCCUUCUCAAAGUUCCAAGGAAGCUCUUCCUUCACAACAGCCCUGAAAUCCCAGCUGUUCUGUACCCUGAUGGUCAGCUCCAGCAACUGUCUGGUCGCCAGGCUUACUGCCGAGUCUUCAUUCCAGGGAAAUGCAUGCGGUGGUGGUAGCAGCAGACGUGAUAUUGCUCCUGAGCAUGGGGGGCACCUCAAACUCUCUUUGCUCGCCCACCAUGUUUUACAGAGACUGCUGGAUCCGUCGCUUCCCAGGUCUUCUGAUUGACCUGGAGGAGUCUCAGAAGCUGGGGGCCCAGUUCCUGAGGUAUUAUUCUGAAAACACAGGUCAGAAGUGCAGUCGGAACUGCUGUCUUAGGAAGGAUGUGUCCUGUAACCUGGCCGUCUUCUUCCACGAUCCUAUUCAUGACAAUGUCAACUGCCUCCAUGUUCACUGCCCAACCCUGGACAGCUGCAUAUUGGAGCCUGGAACCAGUGCCAUUUUAUAUAACAUAACAGAUGGUAUAGAUCCUGAUUUGCUGGUUUUUGAACAAUCACUGCCCACAUAUCUAAAUACCCGUUCUUCAUCUGAUACAUGGGAGAGACUAAGGAUUCUAAAAGCUAUGUAUUUAGAUAAACAACAAACCGCCAUGAUAAACCAAAUGCUACCAUCAAUAGAGGCUCCGUCACCAACCACACAUCAAGAUUUGUUGGCAACCGCAAAUAAUACUAGGUAUUCCAAGGAAUUGACCACAGGCUCUUGGGCAAGAUUCAUUGCCCUGAAUGACUCCAUUACCACAAAGAUAAAUACGGUGUCAGCCAGUACUGACGUCAACAAUCCAGAUAACAAGACUGUUUCUCCUUUCUUUGUGCCCAGAGACACAAAACUUUCUCAUAUGCCUAGUCCCUCCCAACUUAACAGCAGUAAACAAUUACUAAACAAGACCAAAGGGUACAACAGCAGAAACCAUACAUCUGAGAAUGAAGACGCAACACCCGAUGGGGCACCUGUGACUCCUGCAAAGACGUGGCUGGUUCCCGUGGCCCUCUGCACCUCUGUCAUCUUUCUUUGCUCUUGUGUAGUCAUCCUGGCAUCUGGUUGCUGUCGAAAGCAGUACGGCCAGUAUAGAUCAGGACAGAGAAAGUCAGGACCCAGGCAAACGAAAAAAUGUGCCAAUCGGAAGUUCUCUUACUGAUGAAAGACCACAGCUUGAGCAGACAAGAGCUCCAAGGCGCCCUGGAACCAAAUGAGUUAGCAAGAAGGAGGAUUUCCAGCCAUGCCUCUCUCCCAUCCCCACUCCCGCCCCAAGAGCUCCUGAGAAGAGAGAAGCAGGAGCGAUCUGUCCUCUCUCAAAGGAUGCACAGGAGCCCCGCCAAAGGCAAACAAGCCACCGGGAUGCCACUGACUCAGCAAACCCCACUUGGAUCACUAAAGCCCCGGCAAGAAGCUCCUCCACCACAGAGAUCCACAAGAAGAAGAAACCCUCCUUUAAUCCUUCAAACUGUGGACUCUCUUCUUCAAGAGAAACAAACAGACACAGAGUGUUUCCUCAGCUCCCAAAUUCCUCGGCCGAAGCGGGGUCUCCGCUCGCAGCUCCCCUGUGUCUGCCCCACCUCCUUAUGCUGAGUUUAUGGUUGAGGACAAUGUUCCAACUUAAGUUCUAGAAACAUCUUACCCAGCUGAGAAUCAACUCUGUGCCCCCUUUUGCCUGGUAAGGGAGGUUUUAGGCUUGGCAGAGGGGCAGGGAGAAUAUGGAAUAAUUUCUUUUUGUGCUCUGUCUCCACAACCUUGUUGCAAAUAACUUCUAACAGCCAAACUCUAAGUCUGUACAUUAAAAAAAAAAUCUGACAAAAUGACAGUACCCUGCCUAGCUUUCACUGUAAUAGUGAAGUUGCUCAGUCGUGUCCGACUCUUUGCGACCCCAUGGACUGUAGCCUAUCAGGCUCCUCCGUCCAUGGGAUUUUCCAGGCUAGAGUGCUGGAGUGGAUUGCCAUUUCCUUCUCCAACACUGUAAUAUGUGAGGAAGGAAUAAAUGUCAGCCCCUUAACAAAGUAAAUGCCCUAAAUUAAAUACGUUACUGGGCCUAUCUACUCUUGCCAAUGCUUUAAAUGUUCAAGACAGUGUCAGAGUUUCUUCAUAAUUCUAACUUACAAGUGAAAUAAACUGAGCUCAACGAACACAUUUUAUAAAGCAUUAAGCAAAACAGUCACUCCAUCUCAUUCUGAACUGUUAGAAAGUAAGCAAUUAAGAAACAACUGUUUAAAAAAUUAUUUCACCUAGGUUUAUCUGGAUUUUCUUAAUUGACUUGAAAUAGAUGCUUAAACAGAGGAGCUAACCACAUUAAAUCCACUAACAAUUUCCAACAUUUUUAAUCUUCCCCUUAUAUUUGGUAUAUACAAUUCUACAUUGGUCUCUAAGAUGUGUUUACAGUUGUGCCAUGAUACUAAUUCCUAGGCACUCAAGGUGCCCAGUCAGCCGGGAGUAGCAGGGAUGCCCACAAACAUCCCCCUCCUUCAUUUAUCUCAGGAGAGAAUUUUCUAUGUGUGCAGUGACAUGAAAACCACUGCAACUCCUAGGUGGUUCUAGUGAUAAAGAACCUGCCUGUCAACGCAGGAGACCUAAGAGAC